GCUCUGCUAUUGACUUCAUCUCGCCCACCUUCCCGGGGGCUGAGCGGCAGCAGCAUGUCCCGGGACCGCUUCGGCAUCCUCAGCAUCCGGCAGCUGAGGGAUGUGUUAGAGGACGAGGAAAAGGUGGGCAGGAUGGUGCAGCUGAGCCCUCAGUUACAGACUCUGCAGCUGGAGCGAGAGAUGAUCCUAGCCAGUAACCGGAGGAUGGCUGAAGACAAUCUCAGCCUGCAGCCUCGGUUAGAUGACAAAAAACUACAUUUGGCCAGGAAAUACCAAGAGUUGCAGGAGGUGACUGUAGUUUAUGAGGACAAGCAGAGAAAACUGGCUGCCUACCUGAAAAGACAGAGCCCUAAGACUGCGCUGGAGCUCCUGCAGAGAGAGGCAGUUAAAAGUGAAGAGGAAUCUGAGGAAAUCACUGACACAUUUCUGGCUGGUAAGGUGUCAUUGGAGAGUUUCCUGGAGAGGUUCCACACAACAAGAAAGCUUUGCCACACGAGAAAGACACAAGUGGAGAAGCUCCAAGACCUCAUGAAAAAGGAUAGAAAAAAGAAUCAGCAACCGGCAGUGCAGCACAAACUGGAACAUCGAGUGGCUUCACACAACGUCCCAACUGGCCCACAAAAUGGACCCACAGGUCAUGGGCUGCACCAGCGCUAUGGCUUUGCACCCGCCAUUGAGGCAACCUCCCAGGUCACGAGUCCAUUCUCCAUGCCUUCACCUCCUCCUCAGAGCAAGAAUCUGCCUCCUCUCAGUUCACGUGAGCGCCAGCCUGUGGUUUCACGGCCUAACACUCCAUUUGCGCCCCAGGGCCUUCGUUCAGGCCUGCGCAUGCUGGGACAGCUCCCAAUAUGGACUCCAAGGCCAUUUAAGGUUCAGCGAGCAUACCCAGUGCAGAAGCAACCACCCUACCGAUAGAAAUACGGACAGUCCUUGCAGAAAAUUACUCUGUGCAGAUCAAAUACAGAACUGCUGAUGUAGAAGGAUGGAAUGAUAAUUUGUACGGCAAACCACAUCCAAAACAACCUAUUGGAAAAGGAGAGAGAAAAUGGAAUAAAUGCUUAAAUGGGAGACAUUUGUUUGUGGACAAAAUGGAUUUUCAAGUUGGGCUCUCCAGUUUCUCAGUGACCAACCAAUAUGGUUCUCAAAACAGAAGGUGAAGAUCUCAUGCCUGAUUUAGCAACACGAGCACAAACUCUCUGGUUGUGGAACAACACUUCUCACUUCUGCUAACAUUUUUGAAUAUAAGCAAAAUUUGCCAUGGCUAAAUAAGACAAAUUCCCUACUACAUUUUUACUACAUGGGAUUUUUCACUAUUUCAGUUCC